AUGGAGCUCUCAGUCUCUCUGCCCCCCUCCCCCUCCCCGUCUCCAUACGCCCUCACUUUAACCCCCAACUUCUCUGUGCCCUCCACCUCCCCCUCCCUCUCCGCCUCUCCGUCCCCAAGCCUGGCGUCCACUGUCCUCUUCUGCUCCUUCCUGUCCCUCCUCUCCCUGCUGGGCAUCACGGGGAACCUGUACACCCUGGGCCUCCUGCUCAGGCGCAGGAGAGGCAGGAGGAGGUGCCGGGCAGGGGCGACCUGUUGCUCAGUGAGACUGCCCAUACCGUCUUGCCUUGCCGCCUCCUCCUCCUCCCCCUCCUUCUCUCCCUCCUCCUCCACCUCCCCUGUCUCCUCCUCCACCUCCCUUCGCCUCCAGGUGCUGAGCCUCGCCCUGGCCGACCUCCUCUACCUUUUCACGGCUCCUUUCAUCGUCUACGACAGCCUGGCGUCGGGCUGGGCCUUCGGGGAACUCGGCUGCCGCCUCCUGCUGAGCUUGGACCUCCUCACCAUGCACGCCUCCAUCUUCACACUCACCGCCAUGAGUCUGGACCGAUACAGGGCGGUGGCCCGUCCGCUCCACACCUCCUCCUCCAACUCCUCCGGCCUGCUGCGCGUGGGCCUGGCCUGGGGGCUGGCGGUGGCCCUCAGCCUGCCCAUGAUGAUCACCCUGCACCUGGAGGACGGGGAGAACCAGGAGGGCCAGCUGUGUGUCCCGGCGUGGGACGAGCAGAGUUCAAAGGCCUACCUGAGCGUGCUGUUCUGCACCAGCAUCCUCGGCCCGGGGCUGGCCAUCGGGGCGUUGUACGCUACGCUAGGCCGGCUCUACUGGGUGUCCCAGACACGGCCGGCCUGGGCCAGCGGGGGAAGCACCGCGUAUCCUCCCCGGGCGCCCAAGCCCAAAGUCCUGCUCCUCAUCCUGGGCAUUGUCCUGGCGUUUUGGGCCUGCUUCCUCCCUUUUUGGGUCUGGCAGCUGCUGCCUCUGUACCAGCCCGACAUGCUGAGGACGGUACCGGUGGGGACGCAGGUGACUGUGAACCGAAUCCUCACGGGCCUGACGUACGGCAACUCCUGCGUGAACCCGUUCUUCUACACGCUGCUGACGGGACGACGGGGGCGCAACCGCCAGGCGCUCAUAUCCGCAAACCAGCUCUGCCGGAAGAGCAGCCCGCUGCAGUAG